AUGUUGGACCCUGGGAGCGACCUUUUGCUCGAUACGACUUUCGCUAUCGUCACAAGGCCCUCCCUCGAAGAACAAGUUGCUCAGAUGAGUGACGGGAAGAGGAAGGAGGCGCUGCUCAAGGCUUUGAAGCGCGAAAAGGAGGAGAUUGAGACUGUUCGCGACAUCAAGACAAUCAAGCGAGAGGGGACGAGAGUGACGACGAUUCCAAGAAUGACCCACGCCGAUGCCAUACGAACCAACACAAGAGAACCAGGCGAGUGUCCUGCACAGAGAUUCUGA